CUAACCGACACAACAGUAACAUGUUGUCAGCUCCGGACCACUCAUAUGCGGUUAGCUUAGCUCUGCAGCUACUUCGUUAGCUCUGUUUAGCCGCUAAAUAGAGCAGCUGGCAGCUUCGUCUCGGUAACAGCAUGCCUCGGAGGAAGAAAACCGGCCAGAGCCCGGCCAGAGCCCCCGGUGGGCCACAUGAGGAGGGGGGAAGCCUCGGCCACAUCAUGGGUUACCGACUACCUCAGGUUUAUGACAACUUUCCAUCCAGCAGCUCGAUCUCCAGCGCAGCCAAGGAGACAAUCAUCAAAAGCAUGCAGGAGAUGUUCUCCCACCUGGACCCAGAAGUUAUUUACAUCGUGCUGUCUGAGUGUGAUUUUAAAGUUGAAAAUGCAAUGGACUCCCUCUUGGAGCUGUCUGUGGCUGCUGAAGGUGCAGCACCUAUUCCUUCCCCCGUCUCUGGCUUUGAGCGCACUGCUGCAGCCCUCCUCCGUCCAGGUCACUUUUCUGAAGCUAGAGCAGACCCAGACGCCUCCAGACCAUCACAGCAACCCUUCUCUCCCACCUCCACCAACCUCUUGACAGAAGAGUUGGACCUGCUAGUUGAUCAGGAGCUAGAGACACUUACUGCACAACAAGACAUUAAGAAAGAACACCCUAGCAGCCAGUGUAUGUCUGCUGGUAUGUUCCUGUCCUCUUUCCCUCCACCACCAUUUCCAAAGCAGAGCCUCCCCGAGCUACUUCAGUCCAGUCUGGAACCUGCAUCUAAAGGACCCUCUGAUGAGCAGCCAUGUACUGUGGAGUGUAGAUCUGGAGCUUCCUCUCCACUUGACCAGCUCAGCACUUGGGAAGAUGACAAUACUGAGGGUCAGCAAUCGGUGGUGGAUUUCACACAUCUGAUUACAGAAACACCUGCAGACAAGCUGAAACCUCCUUUGGACCUGGCAGCUUCAGGACGUCCCUCUGCAUUCCAGGUUUAUAAAAAGCAAGACCCGUCACACACUCUUUCUAACAAGGCUGGGGUCUUGCCCUCUGAAGGUGUAGUAGGAGGAGCACGGUCUAAGGUGAAUAUGUUGAAUCCGGUGCCACCUGGCUACACGUCUUCCCCCUGGAACCCUGAUUCACCAGUGUUUAUUCCCUGUAACCAGUCGAACCAGGGACCAUUGUUCAUCACCCCUGUGGCACAAACACUGCCAAACUGGCCCAGUCAACCCAGGCAUGCCACUCCUUGGCUAAAUCAAGGCCCAGUCAGGCAGGCACCUCUUAAACCUUCUGCUACUAUUCCUAAGUCCUGGGCCCUGCCUACUGCUCCGCAACAUCCUGUCCGCCACAGCAGACUCCGUUUGGAAGGGAAAGUGCUCGUGCUGAUACGUGGUGCUCCGGGAUCUGGCAAGUCAACCUUGGCUAGAGCAUUGCAAGAUCAUAACCCAGGUGGAGUUGUACUGAGCACUGACGACUAUUUCACUCACCAUGGACAGUAUCAGUUUGACCCCACUGCUCUCGGGGAGGCUCACGAGUGGAACCAUAAGCGAGCCAAAGAGGCUUUUCAGAGGGGCGCUAACCCCAUCAUCAUUGACAAUACCAACAUGCAGUGUUGGGAGAUGAAACCCUAUGUGGCGCAGGCACUGAGACAUGACUAUAAGGUGCUUUUUCGAGAGCCGGACACAUGGUGGAAGAACAAGCCAAGAGAAUUGGAGAGACGCACCACACAUAACGUACCAGUGGAAAUAAUACGACGCAUGCUGACUAGAUAUGAGCGCUACGUCACAGUCCAGUCCAUUAUGGGUUCACAGAUGCCGGAGUCGAAGCAGCGCAUCCUCUUGGAGAACAGAAGCUUACAGCCUGUGACUUCUGAAACACCUUGUCCGGACCUUGUCGGACAGCCUGGACUGACAGAGCAGUGUAAGAAGUCCCGCCCUCAACUAUUUUCCUCCCUUCCUGACGUGUCAUCUAUUGGUCAUUCCGCUGAGGUGGGAAUGCUAGACAAAUCCACUGAAUCGCUGAAUUUCCAACCAACUGAAAGAUCUGCGGAAAGCAUUAGAGUUUCUGAUGGGGAUAACCUGGAUGACAUGGAUUUGGGGACAUUAGAUUCUGAGUUAGAUGCUCAGUUAGACUUAAAUCAUCUAAAAGGAGAUCAGAAGAUCCCUGAUUGUAUUGUGGAAUCAGUGAUGAACGAAGAUCACCGUGGGAAUGAAAGGCCAGUGGCUUUCUCCGAAUCUAUUGGACAAAGGGUUCGGAGGGAAAGGCCAAGCAGGAGGUCAAAUUUUGACAGGAUGGAGUCUUCUGAUCUGGUAAAAGAUACUAACCGAUCAGAGAGUAAGGUGAAGGAGAAAGAAAAUAUGGCUGAAGAGGAAGCAGAAAGGGAUGAGAUCAAGGGCGAGAAUGGAAUGCCUAAGAUGUUGGAUGGAUUUGUAGGGGACUGGCCUUCUAAAGGGUCUCUCGAGCAGCGACAGGUGAAGAGAAGAGAAAUGCAUAAACAGGGAAAUGAAAAGGAAGAUGGAGGUGGGGCUGAAGAAGUUAAUCAAAAUACAAACAAAGUGCAGUCUGGACCUAAUGUAAAAGAGUUCCAAAAGCUUCUUGAUCUUAUUCAGACAGGGGGAGCUGCUCUGCAAACUGGUUCCUCUCAUUCAUCCUCACUUUCCCCAAGCUCUGACAGGGCAUUGGAAAGUGAGGUGGAGGAGGCAGGUAGCAGGAGAUCUAACAGUGAGGAGAGAGAGCAAAACAUGGGUAGGGUUAACAGCAGUAGAGCUGAAUUACCAGAUUGUGUGUUAGACUGGAAGGCAGCUGACUCUUGUGUGGUUAGGGAAUCGAAAAUUGAUGGAUGGGAGGGACUUAAAAUUGAAAAGGAGGUGAGUAAUACCCCAAUAGAAAAUGAUAAAACAGGAUCUGUGGAUUUGAAAUCAACCAUUCAACCUGCUACUGAUUCACUUGCUAUCUCUGAAACUGUGGAUGCAAAAGUGUGUCACGAUAGGGGAAGCCACAAUGUUGAAAGUGGGCUUGGUACAGAGCCAGGUGCUGCUGGUCAUUCUGAUAUGGACACAAAUAAUUUCACAGACAAUGGUGGAUUGAUUGGAGUAGAGCUUGAUGGCACCCAUGUGGGUGAAGUGUGUCAGAGUCCAGGGUGUGAGGGCGCUGUGGAUACAGAAAGCAGCACUUUCAGUGGAGACAGUCAGGAGCGAAAGCAUCGCCAGGGUCGCAGAUCAGGGAAACAGUGCAAACUAGCCCUCACCUUCUCUCAAAACUGUCCUGCAUCUUCACUGACAACUCUUCAAUGUCCCACUACCACAGUCCAAAAUGUAGACAGUAGUGAGAAUAGCUGUAACCUAGAUAUUGAACCUAACACAACCCUUAGCUUUAAAACAAACUUUGACUUGUUCACCAAGUCCAAAUCUGAGCCACAUCAACAGUCCCCAUCCCCUCUUUCUCUGAUAGACAUGGGAUACUCCACCCAGACAGAACCUCAAGACUUUGCCCUACUUUGGCGUCUCAGUCGUCAAGAUGGCCCUGAUGAUACAGUCGUCGCUGUUUGCAGCUACCCCACUGACAUCACAGUCCUGUCGGGGGACUCUUCUCGCUUUGUGCCAGAGCUGUCCUCUGCUGUUUCUGCAGCAGUUGCAGUUCACCCAUCCAGCCACACGGAGGUACCCUACCGUGUGGUGCAUGAGAAAGGCACACAGGUGGAGGAGAGAGACUUUGGGGCAACUCAAGACCGACUGGAGAGCCUGCGCAUUCUCAGCACCCAUUUUAAACUAGUUAGCUUUGAUACAUUAGAAGACCUGUAUGACAAAUGCCAUCACAACCUAGAAUGGACCACAAAUCUGCUGCUGGACUCUGGAGAGAGGUUCUUCAGAGAUGAAGAGGGGAGGGAGGAGGAGGAAGGUGAUAGGGGUGAAGAUAACCAGAACACAUCCAAUCUGCGUGGAGCCUUAGAAAAGGUUGUAGAAACCAAGUUAUCUUCUAAUGUGUUAGACGAGCUUCAGUCUAAAGGUUUGCCAAAUACAACUAGGGUUGUGGAGGCGACUCAGCAGUCAGCUCAUGAGACAGUAAGUGAGUCUGGUGAGAGCUCUGAUAAUACAGGCUUGCCGAAUGUUGGAGGUGCAGCUUCUGAUGAAAAUCAUCCCAAUACACCAUCACCUUCAGUAAAACCUUUUCAAACAGAGCUUAAUCUGGUUUUAUCAGAAAAAGGAGUGAAAUGUAACACCAGACACAAAGUGAUAUCAGAACCUGAGUUUGAGGGUGGGGCUUGGGUCGGGAGCAUAGAUGACGGUGUAAUUAUUGAAGAGUCAAGAAUUGAAAUUGAGGAUGAGAUUGCUAGCAUGGACGAGGUCAACCGGUUGCUGCAGGCUGAGCUAGACGUGAUGGAAAGAGAGGCGAAAGAGAAGAAGAAGGAGGAGAGGAAUGAAAGCAGGCAUUUGGAGGAGAGAAGGAGUCAACACCUGGACAUUCAGAGUGUGGAGCUGAAACUACCCACUGAGCUGGCACUACAACUAACUGAACUAUUUGGACCUGUGGGAAUAGAUCCAGGUACGUGUUCCUCUGAUGACUAUGUACUGCACAUGGACCUCAAUCUUGCUAAACUGCUUCACCAGAAGUGGAAGGAAUCCAUCCAGGAAAGGCAGAGACAAGCAACUCUUUCCUUUCACCUGCUUAAAGAAAGUUCAAUGCACUGGGGUGAACCACAGGUGGCCAAACAUGGCACGAGAGAUCGGAUGCAGGCAUCACGUUUCCUUCUUAGCACAGAUGGUUAUGCAUCACAGGAUAGCCAACCAGAGUCCCAUGGUGGGAUGCCAUUCAUGGACCACUGGAAUGUUUCCCGCCCACAUGUGUCUCUACGAGACAUUAUAAAAGAGGAGCAGGCUUUGCAGCAGAACGUGGAGAAGACCAGACAAAACCGUGCAGAGCUCGACAGGCGUGAUGGAGCCACCCUGUUAAAAGAGAACCAGCUUUACUCCCUCUUCCCCACCAUUGACAGGCAUUUUCUCCAGGACAUCUUUAGAGACCACAAUUACAGUCUGGCCCAAACACAGCUGUUUCUUCAAUCUCUACUGGAUGAGGAGCCUGUCAAGACGGUUGUCGCUCCAGAAGCACCUCGGUCUGACCACCACAGAGCAGCCAGCAAGGAAAGGGAAAAGAGGCAGAAGCCCCUGGAGUCAGCUGUGCUCGACUACCAGGAUACUGAGGACCCCGAAUAUGAUGACUUCAGGGCCGAAGCCAGCCUGCAGAGGAGCCGGCAGAUCGAGAGUUUUACCAAAGCUGCUGAGGCUUACAAGCAAGGGCGCAAAGAAGUGGCUUCUUUUUAUGCACAGCAGGGACACCUGCAUGGCCAGCGAAUGCGUGAAGCCAAUCACCGAGCAGCAGUUCAGAUCUUUGAGAGGGUCAAUGCAUCGCUGCUGCCCAGGAACAUCCUGGACCUCCAUGGGCUGCAUGUAGAUGAGGCCCUGGAACAUCUGGCCCAGGUCUUGCAUGACAAAAUCUCAGAUUGUGAGCAGGGUCUGUGUCGACCUCAGCUCUCUAUCAUCACAGGAAGAGGGAACCACAGCCAGGGGGGCGUGGCCCGCAUCCGCCCCGCCGUUAUAGACUACCUCACCAACAGAAACUACAGGUUCACUGAGCCAAAGCAAGGUCUCGUGUUGGUCUUUUUGAAGUGAAGAGAACUUGGUUCAUAGGAUUCAAGCUAAAGCUGCUGUGGAGGACAUACUGUCUUUCUCACUUCUAUAACUCCACAUGUACAAUAAUCAUAUAGUGUAUGGUGCACUCCGUCUUCACCUUUCAUACUUCUGUCAGUUCAUUUAUUUCUUUGUCUCCUGUGCUCAUCCCCACUCUCUCUUUCUCCAUCAGUCAUUUACAGCACAUGUCAAAAAUUUAGACACUUUCUCAUUCAAGUGAAAGUGUGUCCAAACUUUUGGCUGGUUCUUUAGCUAAAAGAAAUAUUAAUAAAACCAUAAUCUUACUUAAAUUGAGGUUAAUAUAUUUUAAUCUUAAUUCAGGUCUUAAUCAGAGUAGGUUUUGCUUUGUAUUUAAGAAAGAUAACAACACUGGUGCAAAACACAAACAAGGUUUUUUUAUGCAGCUGUGAAGCAACAAAGUUUAUAUAUUUUGUAUUUUAAAAUGUUAGCUGUAGUAUGUUUAUAGUGUGGCUUGCUGUUUUUUGCUUUAUAUUUGCCUUCAUGCCUUUUUAAAGUGUAUACAAAAGCCUGUGUAGGAGGCUCCAUGUUAAAUAAAACGUUAUUUAAUCUUUCUAACAUUUAUUAAUACAGAUUCAUGUUUGAGAUGUAAGUAUUUUAUGCAGCUUUAUUUGAUGCUUUAUCAUGAUUGUUCUCUGUAAGAUGUUUAGGUGAUACAUCAUCACAUCAUUUUAUUAAACACUGAGAUUUUUAUUUGUUAAUUCUACACUGCAUCUCAUCUAAUCAGGGGUUGUUUUUUGAGAAGUCAUCACAAGUCAAAUGCUUUAAGGAAGGGCCUUUUUGUUCCUCUGGUCAUGGUGUCACAGUGCACCUGAAAGUCAUCAAAUAAUCAAAGGCCUUUAAAUAGUUUGAACAACUGGAGCAGUUCCUCUCCUUUGUGUUAGCAACUGUCUCAGCAGAAUACUGCAGCUGUUUUAGUUUAAGACCAAGUCAAGCAUAGCUGUUAAUAUAUUGAUAUUGACUCAGGUAAUGAUUGAACAAGUUUUUGAGGCCAGUUGAUAGUUUCCAACCUGUUUCUGGUAGCAUUUUUUAAAAAAUCCAUUGUGCCAAACUUUGUAGCGAACUAUUCCUCAGGUAGCUACACGAGUAUUGUAGGUUUAAAAUGGCCUCUUUU